AAUUACUGCAUGUAGUCUCAUGAAAGUUAUCAACGCAAGGAAGGCUAGAAAAAUUCAACUUCUUUCGGUCCAAGUGUCAUCCACAUGUCACCUGGGGGUGGGGGGCAAGACUCCUGCAUCGCGGGGACCAAUGGCCCGUGCUUGGUGAUUGGUAUGUGGUGCGAUAGCGAGUUAAUCUACAUCGCGACCCAGCGAGGUUGAUUGUUUGUGAGUGGCGUGUUGGAGCUGUGAGUCUGGGCCGACAGGAGUGGUUUGUGGCUUGAGCACAGACCGGAGAAGACGGUGCGCAGGGCCGUCCCCGUGGCAUUUCUGGGGUAGUGCAUGAGGCAAGUGGGGUCCGGAGAUCUGAUACGUUGUCUGCGUAACUCGGUUCUUUCGGGCCGGCAGCCGCACUACCACAUGCCACAUGGAUGAAUCCUGGGGAAGCAAUACGAGCCCGGAAAGGAGGCAUGGAAUGUAGUCGAUGUGGCCCCUUGCGGUCGCUCCGGGGACUAUGAAAACCGGCCUCUAUCCCUGCCUUGACCUGCUUUCACCACAGCUGCGGAGUAUCUGACAAGCCUUUAUUGAGACACCCAUUCUCUUCACUGACCAGUUGUUCAGGAUGUCGAAAGAAGAAGAGGGCCGGCAGGAGGAGGUCCACGAGGUGGAGAAUCCGUACGCCGCCGUCGUUGCUGAGGGCACAGGGAAGACCGCUGCCAAUGAAGGCGCCAAGGAGAAGGAAGUGUAUAAUGCGGAGCUGUAUGCAGCUAUCCAGGAAUCUAAUAUUCCGAAAUGGAGCAGGUCGAGUCUCCUCCUGUAUUGGUGCGUUUUUAUUGCCUUUUGCUGCGCUUGUGCGAACGGUUAUGAUGGCUCUCUCAUGGGCUCUAUCACUGUAAUGCCUCAUUUCAAGGCGACUAUGGGGACUCAAGAUGAGGGCUGGCAGGUCUCCGUGAUGACUGCCCUAUAUUCUGUUGGUUCUAUUGUCACAACUCCCUUCGCUGCGGCCGUCAGUGACCGAUGGGGUCGUCGCAUUGGCAUGUGCUGCGGUGCAGUUGGUAUCAUCCUUGGGAGUAUUAUUGCUGCGAGCUCCUUCAGCUUAACCCAAGUCACCGUCGGUCGUGUGGUGCUCGGUUCAGGCAUCCAGUUCAUGACGGUCGCGGCCCCAGCCUACUCAAUGGAGAUUGCUCCGCCCCAAUGGCGCGGUCGCUGCACUGGUUUCUACAAUUGCGGCUGGUUCGGAGGUUCAAUCCCCGCCGCCCUUGUCACUUUCGGAUGCCAGUACAUCGACAACAACUGGUCCUGGAGGGUUCCAUUUAUCGGCCAGUGCUUCGCAUGCAUUAUUGUUCUUGCGUCGGUCUAUCUUAUCCCCGAGUCCCCUCGUUAUCUUUUCUCCAAGGGCCGGGAGCAAGAGGCUAUUGAUUUCCUAACCAGGUUCCACGGCAAUGGCAAUGCUCAGUCUCGCCUGGUCCAGCUGGAGGUUGAGGAAAUCCGCGAAAGUAUCCGUCAGGAGCUCCAGGACAAGCGAAUCGCCUGGUGGGAUUUCCGAUGCCUCUUUAAUACGCACGAAAGCCGCUGGCGCUCCCUUCAGGUGCUGAUGAUGGGAGUCUUCGGUCAAUUCUCAGGCAACGGUCUUGGUUACUUUAACCCAGUCAUCUUCAAGAUGUUAGGCAUCACGUCCACCGCCCAGCAGCUUGGCUACAACGUCCUCAACUCUGUUCUUUCUGCUAUUGGCGCCGGAACUGCUGUCACCUUGACUGACCGCAUGCCACGGCGUAAGGUACUUGUCUUCGGGACCUUCGCCUGCGCCUGCAUGUUGGCCAUCAAUGGCGGUGCCAACCAUGCCUUCGGUAUCGACAAGACCAACGUCAGCGCCGGUCAAGCCGCACUGGCUUUCUACUUCCUCUUCAAUGUGGUCAAUUCCUUCACCUACACCCCUCUGCAGGGCGUCGUCCCUGUUGAAGCCCUCGACACUACUAGACGUGCGAAAGGGUUGGCCUUCUAUGGUUUCUUGACGGGCUGCCUUGGCUUUGUCAACCAAUUCUGCACGCCCAUUGCCACCAAGAACAUCAAGCUGAAUUACAUUUGGGUCUUUGUCGGUUGGGACUGCGUUGAGGCCGUGCUGUGGUAUCUCUUCGGUGUCGAGGCUCAAGGCCGUACCCUUGAGGAACUUGAAUGGGUCUACAAGCAGCCGAACCCCGUCAAGGCCUCCCAGCGCGUUGACAGGGUCGUGCAACAGGCCGACGGAACCGUUACUGAGAAGAUUGUAGAUCACGAUUCUUAGACGGCUUUGUUGUGCGGAAGGAAGCUCUAGCACGAUCACUGUGAUGCGCGUCUCUUAUUUAGUAAAGCCCUACUGUGAUACUUUUCAGAUUUAUAUAUGUUGAAGAUGUUACUGAAGGGGAUGGGAGGGACCGACUCACUAGUUAGCAAUAAUAAGUUCC